UGAGGUUGAGAGUAGCAAAUCACAAUCUCGAACUCAGCGUGCUUAGCGCUUGUUUCUCACUGCAAACAAACAUGGCGAUCGAAAUCGAGUCUGCCGAUGUUGUCCGUCUCAUACAGCAGUAUCUAAAGGAAAGCAGCCUUUUCCGUACACUUCAAGUCUUACAGGAGGAAACCUCCAUAUCACUGAACACUGUUGACAGUGUGGACAGUUUUGUGCAAGAUAUACACAGUGGCCACUGGGACACAGUUCUGAAAGUUGUUCAGUCUCUCAAACUACCAGACAAGAAACUAAUAGACCUUUAUGAACAGGUCGUACUGGAAUUGAUAGAACUGCGCGAGCUUGGUGCAGCCAGGUCCCUCUUACGUCAGACAGACCCCAUGAUAAAAUUGAAACAAGAGGAACCUGAAAGAUACAUACACCUGGAAAACCUUUUGGCCAGGUCCUACUUCGAUCCACAGGAGGCAUACCCUGGGGGAAGCAGCAAAGAGCGUAGGCGAGCGGCCAUUGCACAGUCCCUUUCAGGCGAAGUGAGCGUAGUACCACCUUCACGUUUACUUGCCUUGUUGGGCCAAGCACUCAAAUGGCAGCAGCACCAGGGACUCCUCCCACCAGGUUCUUCGAUUGACUUGUUCCGAGGUCGUGCAGCUGUUAGAGAACAAGAGGAAGAACGCUUGCCAACACAACUGGCGAAACAGAUUCGCUUUGGGCACAAGGCACACAUCGAAUGUGCACGCUUCUCUCCCGAUGGACAAUUUCUAGUAACGGGGUCCGUAGACGGCUUCUUGGAAGUGUGGAACUUCACUACGGGCAAGAUUCGAAAGGAUCUCAAAUAUCAGAACCAGGAUAACUUCAUGAUGAUGGAUGAAGCGGUCCUGUGUCUGUGCUUCAGUAGAGAUUCGGAGAUGCUAGCAUCAGGUGCCCAAGAUGGAAAAAUUAAAGUAUGGAAAAUUCUAACCGGACAAUGUCUGCGACGAUUUGAACGAGCACAUUCCAAAGGUGUAACUUGCCUAACAUUUUCGAGGGACAGCAGUCAACUUCUUUCUGCUUCUUUUGAUCAGACAAUAAGGAUUCAUGGCCUGAAAUCUGGAAAGCUUCUCAAAGAAUUCCGUGGUCACUCAUCUUUUGUGAAUGAUGUCAUCUUCACACCGGACAGCCAUCACCUGCUGAGUGCAAGUUCAGACGGCACUGUCAAACUAUGGAGUAUUAAGAGCACAGAAUGUAUCAACACCUUUAAAUCUUUGGGAGGAAGUGGGGGCACAGACAUUGCUGUCAACUCGCUACAUGCCUUGCCAAAGAACGCAGAACACUUCGUGGUCUGCAAUCGUUCAAAUACGGUCUCCAUCAUGAACAUGCAGGGACAGAUUGUACGUAGUUUCUCCAGCGGCAAGAGGGAAGGAGGAGAUUUUGUUUGCUGUACACUGUCACCGAGAGGAGAAUGGAUCUACUGUGUUGGGGAAGAUUUUGUACUCUACUGCUUCUCCACUGUCUCCGGCACACUGGAUAGGACAUUAACGGUUCACGAGAAGGAUGUCAUUGGCAUCUCCCAUCAUCCUCAUCAAAACCUGAUUGCAACAUACAGUGAAGAUGGUCUCGUAAAGUUGUGGAAACCUUAAGAUACUGUAAAUAAACCUCAUUACCUUACUUUUUUUUUA